AUGGUAAAGAGUGGAGAACCAUCAAGUUACCAUCCUUUACCGAUAUCUCCCACUGCUUCAGUUUCUGAAUCAAACAGCAUAAAUGUUCUUCCCAGUACUUCAGUGCUAGGUAAUAACCCAGUUCUGUCAAGUUUGAAUGAUCCCCAAGGUUUCAAAUAUGAGGAACACAAUAUGAAUGAUGAUGUUGAGAUUCAGUCGCCUGACAAUUCUGCUAUAUGGAAUUCAUAUUUUGCUGAUAAUGAUGAUGAAGCCAGCUUCAUGAUCUCUUCACCUAGGAGCUCAAAUGCUCUUGACUUAAUGAUGGUAUCUUCACCCAAAAGAACACAACAUAUGGGAUUCAAUCAAAAUUAUGACCAAGGCGAGAACACAUUAUUGCAUGGGGAGAGUAUGUCCAAGUAUUCGCCAGCUUCUAGCAAUUCUUCUCAUAUGGUAGGAGGAACUUGCAACAUCAGUAAUGGAAAAUCAAAGGGCCAACUUCAGAGGGUAUUUAGCUCACCGCGGAAAAAGUAUAUGAAGUUAUUGAGGGUUGAUCAAUUUUCAACCAUGGAUGAAAACAUGAAUGGUAGUUCAACUUCUAAAGAUGGUGGAUUCCGGGAAUAUUCUACUAUGAACAUGCCAUCUCUGGGAUUUAACGCGGGAGGUUCUGAGUCAGGGAUGACACUUUCCGCGAUGUUGAAAUGCUUACCUUCAUCAGAUUCUUCAAAUAUCUGGGAGUCUACUGUGAAUAAGGUGGAUGUACAGAGAGAUUUUCCGACAACUCAAGAGAAAAAUGCGAGUUUAUUCAGUCCAUAUCGUAAUCCAUUUUCACCUGCGCAGCUAUCACAGCAACAGGAGCAGCAAUACACGUUUGAUAAUGGCUCGUUUGGCCCUCUGUAUGCACAGGAACAGGUGACUGGGCUACAAUUGCUACACCUUCUCCUGGCCUGUGCUGAAGCUGCGGCGAAAAAAGACUACAUCGUGGCAAAGGUAUACCUUGGCCAACUCAACAGAAUAGUGAACCCCCUUGGUGACUCCAUGCAACGAGUCGCCUGCUGCUUUACUGAAGCCCUAUCUGAAAGACUUUCUGCUAUUACCACUGCCAACCCUAACUCAACUGAUCAGAAAAACGACACACCGCUUCCUGAUUUAAACUCACUGGACACUAUCAGAACCUACCAAGUUGUCUACCAAGCUUGCCCCUACCUAAAAUUUGCUCACUUCACAGCUAACCAGGCUAUUUUUGAAGCAUUUGAAGGUGAAGAGAGAGUUCAUGUGGUAGAUUUUGACAUCCUUCAAGGGUACCAGUGGCCUAGUUUCAUGCAAGCCUUAGCUGCUCGUCAAGGUGGUGCUCCAUUUCUUCGUUUAACUGGCAUUGGGUCCUCACCAACGUCACUAGGAGAGACUGGUCUCUACUUGACGGAAAUAGCCCGAUCUUUGAAAAUACCCUUUGAGUUUGAAGCAGUUUCAGAGCCUUUGGAAGAAGUAAAUCCCCAUAUAUUUCAAAGACGCCUAGGAGAGGCACUGGCUGUGAACUCGAUCAACGUCCUCCAUCGUGUCUCAGGUAAUUCUCUUGCAAACCUACUAGGAGUGAUUCAUGACCAAACACCAGAAAUCUUGAUCCUCGUAGAACAAGAAGCAAGUCAUAAUGGACCUUACUUCUUGGGACGAUUUCUCGAGGCAUUACACUACUACUCUGCAAUCUUUGACUCGAUGGAAGCAACAUUCCUAAGCAACUCAGAGGACCGAGCGAAGGUAGAGAAAUACAUAUAUGCGCCUGAGAUCCGGAAUAUUGUAGCAAGUGACGGACCAGACAGGGUUGAAAGACAUGAGAAGAUUGAGAAAUGGAGGAAAGUGAUGGAAGGAAAGGGUUUUAAGGGUAUUCCCUUGAGUGAAAAUGCGGUCACUCAGGCUAAUUUAUUAUUGGGAUUGUAUUCUUGUGAUGGAUAUAGGUUGACAGAUGACAAGGGCUGCCUGAUGUUGGGUUGGCAAGACAGACCCAUCAUUGCUGCCUCCUCCUGGCGUUGCUAAUUGUCUGUGUCUAUUUCUAAAGCAAAGCAAUGGAUUUUAAUAGGUAAGCUCCGUAGGUAUAUAACCCUGUGAAAUGCAUUUUCAUAGGCAUACAUUUUUGCAGUUCCAUUCUGGUAGUUGUUUUUACCCCAGAGGAAUGGGAACAAUGAAAUGGAAAAAUGG